UUGACCUUGAUAAGCAAUCUAAAUAAAUAGAAAAGUGAAAAGUAAUUACUAAUCAUAUAGAAUAAAAUGAGAAAUUAUUAAAAAAUUCAAAAAUGGAUAUUGCACUAUUAAUUGCUUUAGCGUCUUUGGUUUCAUUAUUGAUUCUUUUAAUUGGAUAUUAUUUGUCGAUCAAAAAGACUACUACAAAUGAACCAGAACCCCAAGAAAGAGCUGGGGCAGUUCCUCUUCGAAGAGCACAGCUAGCACGAAAUCGAGGAAUUAGGUUGCGAGCCGCUCAACAACAGCAUAAUGAAAAUAUCGCAGCAGAAGAAUCAGAACCUGAGGGACAUAUUGACUUAGGGGAUGCCAAAAUGGGCGCUAAGAAAAGAGCCAAAUUAGAAGCAAAAGCAGAAAAGAAAGCACAACGUGAAGCUGAAGAAAGGUCGAGGAACGAUAAGAAAGAAAAGGAAAAACAGUUGGAAGAAGAACGAAAGAAAGCAGAAGAAAAGGAAAGAUUGGAAGCAAAGAGAAGGGAGGAGGAGGAAAAGAGAAUUAGAGAAGAGAAAGAAAGAAAGGAAUAUGAAGAAUAUUUGAAAAUGAAAGAAGCAUUCUCUGUAGAAGAAGAAGGAUUUGAAGAAGGAGAACAAGAUGAAAAAAACUUACUACAAGAAUUUGUGGACUACAUCAAAAACAAUAAAGUAGUAAUUAUUGAAGAUUUAGCUGCUCAUUUCAAGUUAAAAACUCAAGCAGCUUUUGAUAGAAUCAAAGACCUACAAAAUGAUAAUAUAUUAACAGGUGUUAUAGACGACAGAGGAAAAUUUAUUUACGUCUCUCAAGAAGAAAUGGAAGCUGUUGUUAAAUUCAUCAAACAAAGAGGAAGAAUUUCAAUUUCAGAAUUAGUGGAACACAGUAAUACAUUGAUUAAUAUGACUCCCAAGGUUUCUGUUUGAAUUUGAGGUUUAGUCAUCAAAUCAUAUGUAAAAGUUAAUAUCUUUUGAACAAAGAGAACUGUUUUGAUCUAUCCUCUUUUAUUAAACAAUAUAUGUAUAUAACAGUCAA